UCCUCAUAUCAUUCUGACACUGAACAGCGCUCCAGAACAUCAAAUAUCAGCGAAAUCUUUCACGUUUCUUCAUCAUGAAGUUCUCUCCGAAGUCCCAGGGCACAUGGACGGCUCUCUGCAUCGCCGUGUUCAUGAUGUCAGCUUCAGCUGAAGGUGUAAGUGUAAAGGAAGCUGAGAUAUUUACUUCUCUGGAUUCAUUGGGUUAUUACUUCACCAUGGAGAUCACGAAUCGUGUCUACAACCAUUCGCUCCUGGACCCCAAAUCUCCUGACUAUCAGAAGAUGUACAGUGAAGUUAGCAGCGCACUCUACAGCGUCUACGGAGCUUCCGGCUCUCCAACUGCACAAUUUUAUCAAGGUGUGCAAGAGAUGAGUUUCAGAAAUGGCUCGGUGAUCGCAGAGUCCACCAUUACAUUUAAAGUAGGCACGACUAAUACCUUUCUGCUCAAGCACUUUUUUCUUGGUGCUCUUGGCAGCAAUUCUGUAAUUGAAGGCCUUCAAAUCAACCCCGAGUCUAUAGAUGACCAAUAUGCAACCACAAAAUCAACAAGACCAACGUUCACCACAAAAACCACCACUAGCACAACAACCACAACCACAACACCAACAACCACUACAACAACAAUCACAACCACCACAACACCAACCACAACACCAACCACAACACCAACCACAACACCAACCACCACAACACUAACCACACCAACCACCACAACACCAAUAACUAUCACACCAACACCACAACACCGACCACAACACCAACCACAACACUAA